GCUUCACUGUGCAGCCUGACCAGGAAGUCAAUCAGUGUGUUUUAUUAUUGCUGCUAGUACUGCUGCUGUUGGAUGUGUCACCAUGAGCUGUUCUCAGUGCUGCCAGGGCCGGGCAGAUCAUUCCCUUGCUUCCUAUUUUAAUAUGAUGACGGAAAGCUGCACAAUGUUCCUUCUAUGAUGUCUCCCAUGUGCCCACAGGCCCAGCGGAUGCGUAGCCAUGCUGAGAGAAAUCCUAAUCACAGAGCAGCCAGUGUGUGCCACUGUUCCCCCGGACUUUCCACUCACAUUGCGCUGUCGAGCACAAGGACCUAUGAUGUUGCACUAUCAGUGGUUCAUGCAGUGGGAGUCUACUUGUAAAGAAAUUCCAGGGGCCACAGGACCAGAUCUACACAUUAAGACCAGACAAAGUCAGUUGUACACCUGUCGCUUACAUGACCGAAAUCGACACAUUUUGUUCAGCCAUUGGGUGAAGGUGAAAGUACUGAAGAACGUUCACAAUGGUUGUCUCCCACAAGGCUGGGAUGGCAGGCCUAUUAUAGUUACUGAACCAGUGUCCCUACGUGUGAAAUCCCAUAAUUCAGUUCAGUUUAGCUGCUAUGCACUUGGAAUCCCAGCCCCUAAAUACCAAUGGUACCACAAUGGGUUGUGUCUGCCACAAGAAGGGGACAAGGAUAUCAAGAUCAAGUCGGUGAAGCCAGGGGACUGUGGUAGUUAUCUUUGCUGUGUUUCUAAUGUCCAUGGGGAAAGAUGGAGCGAAGCUGCUGAACUUACCUUAGAUGAAGAGCUCAUUCUGCGGGAAUCCCCACAGCCAUUAAUAUGGCAAGGUCCAAGACCACCCGGCAAGUACCUUGCAUCUGGAAAAGUGGCAUUAUUGAUUGGUAAUAAUGGUUACUUGAAUCACCCCAAUCUCCUGGCCCCAAUGGUGGAUGUGUACGAGCUGUCUGUCCUUCUCAGGAGUCUGGGUUUCUGUGUGAUCUCACUUGUGGAUUUGACACGUGACGAAAUGCUAAUGUUUGUCAAACAGUUUCUGGAACUCCUGGAUGAAGGGGUUUAUGGGCUAUUUUAUUAUGCUGGCCACGGGUAUGAACGCUCUGGCAGAAAUUAUAUGGUCCCUAUUGAUGCACCUCAGCCUUACCGGCCUAAAAACUGCAUCAGUGUGCAGAUGAUCCUACAGAAGAUGCAAGACAGGAAGACAGCCUUGAAUGUAGUUCUAUUAGACACCUGCAGGAAAUGGUAUAAUUCAGACUGUGUGUUAUCCAAAGUGACUCCUCUGAUGCCUUGGGGUAACACGGUGUGUGGAUACGCCACGAGCGAGAACGCUGAAGCAUAUGAAGUUCAGGAUGGAGAAUGCAGCUCUGGUAUCUUUAUGGCGUAUCUGAAGAAGCACAUUUUGAAAGAACUGAAAGUGACGCAUAUGCUAGAGAAGGUCCUUGAAGAUAUUGGCAGAGACCCCCUGGUAACUGGCAAACAAGUGAUGGAAAUAAAACACUCUCUGAAAGAGUCUCGAGCUCUGACUGACGAGAUCGACAUCUCGAGAAGAGAACAGCUGAACAGGACUGUGUGGGAUCAGCAGAGCCAAAUCCCAAAACAAAUGGUAAAGUUCUCAUGUGGCAUAGAAGUGGAGUUGAGAUUCAAAUCUGUGUUCUCAAACCUCAUCCACACUUUUGCUAAACUGACUUACAUCCCUCCUCACCUAUCUGAUGUCAGGAUUACUCUCUACAAACCUUCUGACAUGGCAGGACUCUCACAUACCUGCAAACUUGACCCAGCAGAUUCUCUGCUUACCAUGGAGAAUGAUGGGGAAGAAGUGGAUUAUAUGCUCGGACUUUAUAGCCUCCAGAAGAGCCAGAAUGACAUCAUCAUAAUUGUUGACCUGCAUUAUACCAAUGUGGAUAACGGUAUCAGAACUCAGGAGAGUUUGGAACACGUGAUCCCCAAGCCAUGUAUUAUAGCCAGGUUGUUGCAGAGGACAAAUGCAUCUGGUUUGGAGAGAAGCCAGAGAGAUAGAGUUGCAGCCCCUAACAACAAGCCCACUACGCAGCCGCAGCACACCGCCAGCAGCAUGAAAGUACAGCCUGGAGCACAUCAUCCGACAAAUGCUGGAGCAAUGCCUUUUAGUGGUCAGUCUAAAUCAAGUAGCGAACCAGAGGAAAAUGAUGAAAGUGACGUAUUACAUGUCUUGUGAAGACCUUUAAGGAACGUUGUUCUCUGGGAGCUGCUUUUGUAGCACUUAAGAUAAUUGCACUUAUCAUGACUGUCUAGGAGCUUAAAGCCAGAAAAGAUGGUUAAAGUAUAGCAAUCCUGCACACGUCAUCAAAGCUAUUUUUAAAGUGAAUGAGAUUGUAUUGUAUAUGCUCUUAUACAGUAUUGCCUUUGGUGCAGCUUCCAAACUACUUGAUUUGAACAACACUUGCCCAAAGAAUGUGUCUAGGCACCCCUAGCCUUAUGAGAGAGAAUACUGCAUUUAGGUGGUGCCACUAUGAUAGAUUGUAUCCAGGAGAGCCAAACGUGUUUUGUGUACAUAAGAUGAAGGGGGAAAAUACUUGUCUUCACGCCCACAUUCACUCUUGGAAGGGUGCCAAAUAUAGCAUGCACAGUUAAUGGUCAAUGGUUCCUCAGGGCUGGACCGUGUGGAAAACAGAGACUAUACUGUAUAUAAAGGAUGUAGUCAGUAUCCUAGUGGUCGGAAUCCUGGCAAUCAGAAUACCAACGCUGGGAUCCCGACUGCCAGAAUGCCAGCAGCACCACCACAGCUAUUCCCACUCCUGGGUGUCCACGACACCCAUGGAUUGGGAACAGAACCCGUGGCAAGCCUCAGAGUCCACGAGAGGCUUUGUUGUGCUCGCCCCCCUGCCGGCAUUCUGGCGGUCGGGUUCCCGGCGUCGGUAUUCUGACCGCCGGGAUCCCGUACCCAACCCAUAUAUACAAUAGGGACAUAUAAAGUAGGCAAAAUAAAUACAAUUAAAACAAAAGCACAAGGUUGGCCACAAUUGUGAGAGAGCUUACAAUAUGAUGGGGAAACAUGCAGAGCAGUGACAGAGGAGUGAGUGGAGACAGCUGGGGUCAACAAGGCAUGGUAUGGAAUUCCAUAGUUUGUAGUGUUGUAAGCGGAUGUAAGAGAUAGCUUUUCACAGAGGAGGCAAUGCAGAGGUCAGGCCAAACCCUUAUGGCUUCCAGCACUCACAAGCAUGGGCAGCUCUCUUACCAAGCACUUAUGCUUGCUAAGCAUAUGAGACUUCAGUGAGUAUGCACAAGAUUAUUGCACCCCAAAGCCCAAAUGUCUGUUUAGGAGGCCAGCCAGGUAGAGGACAUUUGAGCAUUAGCUGCACUCCUUUUGGAAACCUCAGAAGGGUGAAUUGGGGGCAAUACAAGUAUUCAUUUAUUUUUUAACCUAAUGUUUACCAAAUAUUUAUCUUGAAAGUGUAAAAAUACCAACAUUCCAACACUGAUAUUUAAAGAGCAAGAAAAUCCAUGAGUGUGUAUACACACCAAUGUAUAUGUAUUCUUGAGCUCACUAAUAUAUAUGAGAUUACUGCAGUGUGUGCUCGUCCAGCAUGCUGUCUGUUAGCUGACAUGUUUAAAAUCCUUUUUGCCUAAAGUACAUAGACACAAGAAAUGAUCUUGCAUUUCCUCUUGUAGCUAGAUCUAUAAUGUGGAAUAAGAGGAGAUACAUUGGAGGAUUACCAUGUUACACUGUAACUUGCUAGGUGUUUUGCUUCUAUUCCCCAAUAAGCACUGUAUAAAAGGCAGGGACGUGCGGUGAGGUAAAUGGCUGGGGAGGCACUGUUUAGCACCAGAGACAGAUUUACACACAAUAUAUGAGCCAAAGGGUUCAUGUGGGCAUUAUACACAGGGGCAGCAGUAAAUAGUGCUAGAAAUUUGAUGAGCUUUGAUCAGAGAUGGGCGGAAAAGGUAGGCAGAUGAGGCACUGCCUCUCCUGUCAUAGAAUUUAGACUAUAAAAAAUAUUAGAAUAACGCAAAGAAGAUAUUUAUAACAUAUUCUUUGCAUUUUUUCAUAUACUUUAUAUAGUCAUAAUUCUGGCAUAUACGUUAGUAUUACAGAAAAGGCUUUGCCUCACCGCACCACACGCCACUGCUAAAAGGGGGGUGGUAUUCAUGUGACCGGCGGUCGGGAGACCGACGGUCACAUGACCUCCACCAGCAUCUUGCCCCUUCACUAUCCCGAUGGUUGACAUGCCGACCAACAGGAACUAUUUCCACUCGUGAGAGUGGGAAUUAGAACCCAUGGCGACCUAAGGUCGCCACCAAGCCCGCAAGGUGUUUGCUACACUCGCCCCUCCCUGCCGCGAUCCCGUCGUUGGUAUGCUGACCUCCGGUUAGCCAUACCACACCCCUAAAAGGGCAGCAUGAUAUCCUGUACAAUGGCAGACGAGUAAGCUAUAGGACAAGGCAGCAAUCAAACUGCAACUUCAGAAUCUCAACCACUCUUUGCGAAUACAUGCAAGAGCUCUACAUGGUUUAGCGUUCCAUUUAAGAUACUUCUGAAUAAAUGUUUGAUUGGACAUUUCCUCCCGACUAGAAGGAUAUUGCUUAGUGAUACCACAGACCGCACAGAAGCACUAAAAACAUUAAACCUGCCCUAAGCUGAUAUUAUUACUGAUGUUAUUACAGCUAUGAACUUUAUUUAUUACGCUCUUUCCUGAGCAUCAAAAAGUUACUUUGUACUAAAAAUGAAGAAUUGUCAUUGAUCUGUUUAUUUGUAGUAAUUUAUUAUUGUGUGACACUUUUGUAUUUCUUCAAAGGAAAAAAAAUCUCAAAUUCAAUGCAUUGUCAUGAUGCUGCGAUCACUUCUGAACAAUGAAAACUUAGAAAGUGACUCAAUGAAUGUAAUGCUCUGCCUCUUGCAGAGAAAUGGAAUAUUGUAUAUAUUUUUGGCCAUAAAUAUUGCAUAAACAGUCACUUCCGGAAAUGUUUUUGAACAGGAAGUGAUGUCAUCAUAUAUUUUUGGUUAUGGAAACUGAUUAUUUCUGUGCUUUGAUCAUUUACGUAAUUAGCUCUAAAUCUUUGCAAAAUAGAUCACAGAAGGAAUUUUAAGGACCCUAGGGCCCAAUUCAGAGAUAUACGUAAUCGUGAUGAUCUAUAAUACCUCUCCGAUGUUUAUGGGAUUGCGAAUGUGCAGGAACCAUUCUGUGUGCAGAACGAGUCCUGCGAGAUCGCAUACAGUACCCCCACCAUUUAUCGGUGUGGACAGGGCGACAUUGCCUGCUUUUCCAGAAAACAGGCAUCGGCCUUGUUGUCUGGGAGUAGCAAGGCCAGUGUCUGCGUCCUCCGAUGCAGAUUUAGUGGUCUCACAAGCGACAUCGGGCCCCUAAUGAUGACAAUAAUAUGUGUAACACUGGUUGCAUACAUUCUGAAGCGAUUGUUCAUUUAUGACCCUUGUGUCCAAAUUGUCCUGACAUAAUAAAGGGUGUGGGUUACACAUGACAAGCACUUCAGGCACAUUUACUGCGAAUAGCAAAUAUUCUCCAUGGAGUACUCUGACAGCUCCCACAUCAGAAGGUGGAAAAUUAAUGUAUUGCCCUUACAAAUAGACAUUACAAUGUCAUGCAGUAACCUAGGCUUAUGUAUCAAACCAGCCACUUACAUGUACUGGGUGCUAUGCAUUUGAAUUUUUUUAUUUUCUGCUUUCAAAGAUGACAGUAUAUUUAGGCUGAUGCUAUAUAACUGAAACACUUUAAUAACUCAAUGUAAAUUACAUUUCAGUUGUUUUUUUGUUUUUUUUUUACAUAAAUAUUUUGCAUUUUAUCAGAAAAUGUUAAAGUGUCUCCUCAGUCCUGCAUGGAACUAAUAGGUGUUUUGUGAAGGCUGGCAAUACAGGUUCUCGGCAUACCGCGAAAAGUAAUACAGAUUUUUGUUCUAUGUAGACUAUGUGACUGUAUUGAACCAGGAGUUACCAACAGUACAAUUACUACAUGCAUUUUAUAUACACCUGUCUGCAGAAAGGGAUGCCGGGCCCAGGUAAUGUAGGAGGGUCAUGGCGUAAUCACGGGAGGUGUAGCCGCGUCAAAAUGAUACUGUACACGUCAUGAAGCGACGCGGCCACAUGCACAGGGGAGCGCUGUUUGUCCCUCAGCCAGGGUAAGCUCGAUCAGCUGGAUUGCAUCACUCACCCCCUCCCAUCCUUACCCCCACAGUCAGUGGAUGACUGAUGUAGCUCAGUGGCAGCAGUCUGCCCAGACCAACUGCAGCCUAGCAAACAGCACCGUGUGCUGACUGCCAGGGAGAGAGAGAGGCUGCUACUGGCUGACAGGUGAGGAAGAGGGAGACGGGGUGCGAUGGGUCCCUCUAGCAGCAGGCCCGGCAACAGGGGGGGUCAAAGGGGACACCCGUAUGGGGCCCCAAGGAUCAGGGGGGCCCCGAGCAUCAGGGGCACAAGAAAUGUGUAGGCAGUGCCUAAGAAAGCUGUGGCUCCCGUGCACUCCAGGACGCCCAUACGUCAAUUAACAGACAAUUACUUCCCAAUACAAACACCACCCCCGCCGCAUACCCCAUCACUUGGUCUGAGCUGGUCCCGUGCUGUGUUGCCAGCGUCGCUGCGUCACUACGCAUGAACCCGCGCCAGCCCGUCCCUGCUGCUGCCGCUGACUCCGAGGAGCUGAGCGGCACAGCACUGCCAGGCACACUGACUGGGAAUAUCAGACAGCAGCCGACUGCAGCUUUACCAAUGUGAUGUCCCUACAGACAAGGUCAGUCCCUCCUGGGUCCUUGCAAUCUCCCUCACCAUUGUGACAAUCUGUGGGUCUGUGUCUAUAUAUGUAUGUUUGUGUCUGUGUAGUAUAUGUACAUGUAUGUGUGCUUAUAUAUGUAUGUUUGUGUAUGUGUAUGUGUAUGUAUAUGUGUGCGUGUGUAUGUAUAUACUGUAUAUAUAUAUAUAUAUAUAUACACACACAUUUAUAUUGAGGGGAAGAGUUGAGGGGGUAGGGGGCCCCCAGAGAUAUCAGUGUAUGGGGCCUCAAGAUUUCUGUUGCCGGCCCUGUCUAGCAGGCCUGUGCCUGGAUAUUUAGUACCCGCUCCCUCCCGCUUUUGGCACCUCGGCCUGUGUGUAUAUUAUAUGCAUGCAUUACUUUGUCAUACAUUUGUAAGUGAUGUUCAACUCCAAACCCAUGAAAUCCUGCUACUAUGAUAGUUCUCAACUACUCCUGUUGCAUCAGGAACAUGACACCCUCUCUCACAGAAUCAUAGUUUUGUACCUACAUCCAAUCGAUAUGUAUAGGGCCAUGCAUAGGUACUUUUAGAUUGUAAGCUCACAAGAGCAGGGCCUUCUCCCCUCAUGUGCCUUUCCUUCUCUUACUAAUACUAUCUUAUACUCAGUACUCCCUAUGAUGGCACCUAACACCUGGUUUUCUGUAUAUACCUUGUACUUGUCCUAUACUGUCUCAAACUUGUUUUGCUCAUUUGCUAGGUACUCUGUAAUCGGCGCAGUGGAUCCCUUGUGGCGACAUAUAAAUAAAAGAUAAUAAUAAUAAUACAUGAAUGGGUAUCGCAAUGAAAAUGGCUUUCAGCUUGCAAUGCUCUUGUAUAACCAUUAGAUGGUGACAUUUUACUAUUGUUCUCAGAGUUGUGAUGCAUUGAUUACACUUGUCAGAGAUGUGUGACUCAUUUCAACACAACUUAGAUUGUUACUCGAAGAAUAUGAUUCUAGAUACUCUUAUAGACCUAUUUUUCUUCUAAUAUGCUUUCCUCAAUCUUAUACACUAAACGAGUGGUUCCCACACUUUUCUGAAUCACGGCGCCCUAGAGGAUAAGAUUUUUUUUCACAAAACUCCUAGGCCAAAAGUUUCUUAUUGAGAUAUUUAGAAAGAAAUAUUAGAUUAGGUAAAUGGUAAAUGUCAUUGUUAGGGUCAGUUAUGUGGUGAGGAACAGGAUUUGCUGCUGUUCGUCCACAUAUGUUAUGACUGGCAGCCACCAGCACUGUUUUUUUCUGUUACAUUGACCAUAAAUAAUUUAAAUUGGUCCUGGGCCACCAAUCCAGGGCACCCCUGCAAGUGACCCGAGGCACCCCAGGGAGCCACUGCGCACAGUUUGAGAACCACUGGACUAAACUGAUUUUAUCUGUUGUUUGGGACAAUGCAAAUGAGAACUAAUAUACAGUACCUUUCUUUAAAAUAGAUAGGACACUAUUUAAUAAAAUCAUUUUGUUUCAUAGAAUGUUAACAAUAUUGCUCGUACUGGAAAAUACGCUCAGGUUAUUUUUCUGAUCAUUGUUAGAGAAUAUUUCGUGUAAAUAAUUCACUGUAGUAUACUUGUUUGGUCUAAUAAAAAUUUUGCUACCCACAGUA